UCUCCCUAUUCUGCAUCUGAGUCGCACGGAAGAGGGUUCAGAACAGCCUCAGCGAUCUACCUAUUCUUGAGUCUUGUUGUUCAGGGUUUUCAAGGGUCUGGCGCAAUGGGUUCCUCGUCGGUCGUGGUCGUCAGCUUUGCCCUCAUCGCUGUGAUUGCUGUGGUGCUGGCAAUCCCUGCCGUGCACGUCUCUGAUGACGACAGCGACGAGACGCAGCGCACGAGGAUGGACUGCUACAGCGGCGGGCCUGGAGCGUCCCUCCUGUGUCGGGACGUUGAAGAUGAUGACGAUGAUGUUCGGCCGGUCGAGAUCACUUUCAAGCAGCGCCUACAGCGGGAGAAGGACUGCAAGCCUUACCAGGACUACAUCAAGGAGCUCUUCAUCUGCAAGAACAGGACCCUCACCAACUAACUUAGGGGCGAGACAUGGACACUGACGCCUCUCCUCCUCUCCGUGCAUUUUAUAAUUACUGAACUAGGAAGCUUAUUUUUCUUCUUUUCUUGUCUCUGACUCUUGUCUGCCUGCCUGUCUCUCGCUGGCGCCUUUUAUCAUUCUAUCCUCUUGUUUAUUUUUCAUUCUUUUGUCGCCUUUUCUUUUGUUUUUAUCACUGUUCGUCUGUCCCUCUUCCUGUCUGUAUCUUCCUUCUACUUAUUUCUUCAUCUGUCUCGGUUUCUUUCAUCUAUUUCCUAUCGGUAUUGACUUAAACCACCACGCCAGAGGAAGAUUUUUUUAUCUGUUGUACGUCCCCAUCGUCUCUUUCUUUUUAUUUUCUGUUCCCUCCACGAAAUGGAUGACGAAAACGCACGCAAAGAAUGUCCGCCAAAACUGACCAGCAGGACGCCAGGAAGCAGAAGAAAUGGAAACUGCUGGGGAUUCAAGGUGACGCCAAUGACAUCUUGCUCACCUCACUGAUAUUUUUUUGUUUUAUUGUUUUUUUUUUUUUUGUUGUUAUUACGAUGACACGCUUGUUGAGUUUUUUGUUAUUAAUAAAGUUUUGUUGUUGUUA